ACAAUUUGACCUUUCCCCCUUCAGCCCUCCACUCUGCUCGUCCCUUCAUUUCAGCGUGCCUGUCAAGCCCUUGGACACCCGACCAUCUACCCUCUUGCCUCUUCUGCAGCUUUCGCUUUCUGCACCAUGAAAUUUACAACGUGCGGCCUGGCGCUUGUCGCCAUCCUCGCCGCUGCAGCUUCCGUCGAUGCGGCGUCCAUCGAACCGCGCUUGCUCGGUCGUCUAAAGUACCCUCAGCCGUCCGUCGACCCCUUCUACAAGGUUCCUGAUAAUAUCGGCACCUAUGCGAAUGGAGCGAUCAUCAGAGAGCGCGAUGUUACGAGUGAUCUGGCCUUGGGCGUGGAUUCUCAGCUCUUUUCGAAAGUCUACCAGCUGCUUUACCGUUCGCAAACUGGAUCGAACCAGCCCGACGCAACGGUCACGACGGUCUUCAAGCCAAAGAACCCAAAAAAGGGAGUACCUCAGAUCGUUGCUUACGCCGCCUUUGCUGAUACGGCGGCAAAGGACUGCGCUAGCUCCUACGCACUCAUCAGAGAUUCCGGCAGUCAGCAGGGCGCCGUGCUCGUUUCUCAAGCGCCGUACAUCAAUGCUCUGCUUCAAAAAGGCUACUACGUAAGCGUUCCUGAUUAUCAAGGGUCCCAAGCCGCCUUCAUCGUCGGCCCUCAAGAGGGACGAGCACAUCUGGAUGGACUUAGAGCGCUGCUGAACCACAAGCCGACCCUUUCAGACCCCACCGGCUACCAAGCCGUCAUUGCCGGAUACAGCGGAGGCGGCCACGCGGCCGCUUGGGCGAUGCAGUACCGCAAAGAAUACGCCUCCGAGCUCAACAUCAUCGGUGGAUCGUACGGCGGAAUCCCCGUCAAUCUCACCGCCACGCUCGAGAUCUUGAACAAGGGACUUUUUGCUGGAUUCGGACCCGCCGGCCUGGCAGGUGCGGCAAACGCCUACCCUGAAGUUGAAAAUUACCUCCUCCAACAGCUCAAGCCCAACGGAACGGAAGCUUUCAAGUUUCUUCGUUCGGACCAAGGAUGCAUCGCUGGCGAGUUGGGCUACUUUGCGUUCAAGGACUACUACUCGUACGUCAAAAAGGGAGCCGCGGCGCUGCAAGACCCCAUCCCUGUCAAGUAUUUCGAGAUCAACAGGCUCGGAUCUCGAGGAGCGCAGGAUUUGUUGGGGCCCGAGAUCCCAGUCUACAUCUACCACGCUCGCAACGACGAAGUCAUCCCUCGUCCGCCCGUCGACGACUAUGUCAAGUGGCAAUGCGCUAACGGAGCGCGCAUCGAGUACUCGCUCUCCGACUUGUCCGAACACGCGACGGAAACGCUGAUCGGUGUGCCUGGAGCUGUGGACUGGAUCAACAAGGUGUUCGAGGGACGAUUGAACCAACCCAAAUGCGUCCAGAGCCAACACUCCAUCUUGAGUCUGACCAGUUACGGUGCUGAACCCAUCCUCGGUACCAAGGCCGCCAAUCAGCUGCGCGCCUUGCUCCCGACCUUUACUCUGAGAAAGCUAGCGGGCCUCAAGUGAUCCCGCUCGCCGCUCUCUCUCUCUCUCUCUCUCACCGCCCCUUCCUUUCUUGGCCGCCUUUCUCCCUUCACCUCACGCUCAUUGCGCU